AGCGGAGCCGGCGGACGCGGCUCAGCCUCCAACCCUCCCCGGGCCAUGGCCGGCAACGUGAAAAAGAGCUCCGGGGCCGGGGGCGGCGGCGGCUCCGGGGGCUCGGGCUCGGGCGGCCUGAUCGGGCUCAUGAAGGACGCCUUCCAGCCGCACCACCACCACCACCACCUCAGCCCCCACCCGCCCGGCACCGUGGACAAGAAGAUGGUGGAGAAGUGCUGGAAGCUCAUGGACAAGGUGGUGCGAUUGUGUCAGAACCCAAAGCUGGCGCUAAAGAAUAGCCCACCUUAUAUCUUAGACCUGCUGCCAGAUACCUACCAGCAUCUCCGCACUGUCUUGUCAAGAUAUGAGGGGAAGAUGGAGACACUUGGAGAAAAUGAGUAUUUUAGGGUGUUCAUGGAGAAUUUGAUGAAGAAAACUAAGCAGACCAUAAGCCUCUUCAAGGAGGGGAAAGAAAGAAUGUAUGAGGAGAAUUCUCAGCCUAGGCGAAACCUAACCAAACUGUCCCUGAUCUUCAGCCACAUGCUGGCAGAACUAAAAGGAAUCUUUCCAAGUGGACUCUUUCAAGGAGACACAUUUCGGAUUACUAAAGCAGAUGCUGCAGAAUUUUGGAGGAAAGCUUUUGGGGAAAAGACAAUAGUCCCUUGGAAGAGUUUCCGACAGGCCCUUCAUGAAGUGCAUCCCAUCAGUUCUGGGCUCGAGGCCAUGGCUCUGAAAUCCACUAUUGAUCUGACCUGCAAUGAUUAUAUUUCAGUUUUUGAAUUUGACAUUUUCACACGACUCUUUCAGCCCUGGUCCUCUUUGCUCAGGAACUGGAACAGUCUUGCCGUAACUCAUCCCGGUUACAUGGCUUUCCUGACCUAUGACGAAGUGAAAGCUCGGCUCCAGAAGUUCAUUCACAAACCAGGCAGUUACAUUUUCCGGCUGAGCUGCACUCGUCUGGGUCAGUGGGCUAUUGGGUAUGUCACUGCUGAUGGGAACAUUCUCCAGACGAUCCCUCACAAUAAACCUCUCUUCCAAGCCCUGAUUGACGGCUUCAGGGAAGGCUUCUAUCUGUUUCCAGAUGGACGGAAUCAGAAUCCCGACCUGACAGGCUUAUGUGAACCAACUCCCCAAGACCACAUCAAAGUGACCCAGGAACAAUAUGAAUUAUACUGUGAGAUGGGCUCCACCUUCCAACUGUGUAAAAUAUGCGCUGAAAACGACAAGGAUGUGAAAAUUGAGCCCUGUGGACACCUCAUGUGUACGUCCUGUCUCACAUCCUGGCAGGAAUCAGAAGGCCAGGGCUGUCCUUUCUGCCGAUGUGAAAUUAAAGGUACUGAGCCCAUUGUGGUAGAUCCAUUUGACCCUCGAGGAAGUGGCAGCCUCCUGAGGCAAGGGGCCGAGGGAGCUCCCUCCCCAAAUUAUGAGGACGAUGACGAUGAACGAGCUGAUGAUUCUCUCUUUAUGAUGAAGGAACUGGCUGGUGCCAAGGUGGAACGGCCUCCUUCUCCGUUUUCCAUGGCCCCACAAGCUUCCCUUCCCCCGGUGCCACCACGACUUGACCUUCUGCAACAGCGGGUAUCUCUUCCUUCAAGUGCUUCUGGUCUUGGAACUGCUUCUAAGGUAGCUUCUGGCUCCCUUCAUAAGGACAAACCAUUACCAAUACCUCCCACACUUCGAGAUCUUCCACCACCACCCCCUCCAGACCGGCCAUAUUCUGUUGGAGCAGAAAGCCGGCCACAGAGACGUCCCUUGCCUUGUACACCGGGCGACUGUCCAUCCAGGGACAAACUGCCCCCUGUUCCCUCUAGCCGCCUUGGGGAAUCAUGGCUGCCUCGGCCAAUCCCCAAAGUACCGGUGGUUGCCCCAAACUCUAGUGACCCCUGGACAGGUAGAGAAUUAACCAACAGGCACUCACUUCCAUUUUCAUUGCCCUCACAAAUGGAACCCAGAACAGAUGUGUCCAGGCUUGGAAGCACAUUCAGUGUGGAUACCUCCAUGAAUGUGAAUAACAGUCCAUUAGCAGGUUCAGAGUGUGAGCACCCCAAGAUCAAACCUUCUGCAUCUGCCAAUGCCAUUUAUUCUCUGGCUGCCAGGCCUCUUCCUGUGCCAAAGCUGCCCCCUGGGGAGCAGUGUGAAAGUGAGGAGGACACAGAGUAUAUGACCCCCUCCUCCAGACCUCUAGGGCUGCCGAAGCCAGAUGGGAAACGGCCUUUGGAGACAACCCAGAGUUCACGAGUGUGUGAUUGUGACCAGCCGAUCGAUAGCUGUACAUACGAAGCGAUGUAUAAUAUUCAGUCCCAGGCAACGCCAUCUGCCACAGAGAGCGGCCCCUUCGGUGAAGGGAAUCUGGCCAUGGGCCACGCGGGCGCCGGCCCCGAGGGAUCAGAAAAUGAGGAGGACGGCUACGACGUCCCUAAGCCGCCGGUGCCAGCCGCGCUGGCCCGCCGGACCCUGUCCGACAUCUCUAACGCCAGCUCCUCGUUCGGCUGGUUGUCUCUGGAAGGCGAUCCCACCACACACUUCACUGAGGGUUCCCAAGUUCCUGAAAGGCCCCCCAAACCGUUCCCUCGGCGAAUCAACUCGGAACGGAAAGCAGGUGGCUGUCAGCAGGGCAGCGUUGCCGCGGCUGCCUCGCCACAGCUCUCCAGUGAGAUCGAGAGCCUCCUGAGCCAGGGGUACUCCUACCAGGACAUCCAGAAAGCCCUGGUCAUUGCCCACAACAACGUCGAAAUGGCCAAGAACAUCCUCCGGGAGUUUGUCUCUAUCUCGUCCCCCGCCCACCUCGCCACCUAGCCCAGGCCGCUUCGCUGCCGUGUCAGAGGACCAGUGAGCCGGCGCUCUCCCCGGGGGCCCUCGGAGGGCAGAGGCUCCUUUGGAGACGUCACAGUGAGGUCUUGCCCUCUCUGUGGGGUUCCACGUCUGUGGUUCCAGGAUUUCAAGGCAGUGGAAUGAACGUGGAGCAGCUAGUGUGUUUUAUUAUCUUAUCUUUUUGAGAGUGGAUUUGAAGGUGUCCUUCAGUCCCCACUGCGAGUGUGGAUUUUUAUUGAACGGUUAGCCUACCGGGGGAACAGUCCAGAAAGCGGUGGGAGAAGUACUGUGCUGUAAAUCCUCCUGGGGGACUUUGGACUUCCCUGGGUUAAGGAUGUGGUUGUGUGUCUGUCUGUCUGUCUGUCUGUCUGUGGUGGCGUGUGCCCUGUGAUUAUAAGAUGAACCUGCUGUGUGUGUUAAUCCCGGGCGGGGACUUAGCACAAGAGGUGUAGGAAGGAAUCGUCUAAAGACUUCCAUCUGCUGUGCUGCGAGACCCAGCCCCGGCGUGUGGUAGAACUCCAGCAUCCCGUGCGGCCUGGAUGAUCAUCCCGUGGCUCGAGUCUUGUAUUUUUAGAACACCCUCCCUCUGUCCUUUCCCCUGCCUCCUCGGUGUCUGUCACUGGCACUGGGCUUGCUCUGACCAGCCUCACUGAAGCCAAGUGGCUUAGAGGAUGUUCUUGAUUACGUGUGGUGCUGUUGGUUGGUUUGGUAGAUCGGUGGGGCACAGACCAGGACUGUCGCUGUAUCGUUAUAGUCCUGUUCGAUCCUCGCGGCUGACGCCAGUCCCUCAGAAGCACUGUUUCUACAGGAACAUUGCAUCUGUUACAGUAGGAUGUUUUCAUUACCCGAAUUACACAAUGACUGAUUGGAGCUAGAGGCCUUCAGGUACAUUCCAUGCCCUCCCCAGAAGACCGUCUGUGGGAGUCCGUUGCCUUCCUGCCAGGUUGUGUGUUCUCAUGUAGGUCAUGGGUGUUUCUCCUUACUGGGAAGGGAAGAACACUUGUUUCCAGCCUGGCUUUCUGGCCUGAAUACCACAGAACUUUGAGGAAGCUUCAUUCACAUGCUGUUUACCUUGUUAGGCAGAAGAUGCACAAAAUAGGAUUAAUCUGUUUGGUUUUUCUUCCCAGGGAAUUAAUUCCAGCUUGUGUGGGCGUCUCCCUUGGAACACGAGCCAGGUUAUACUUUCAGAAGAGAUUUUAGUCCUUGCCCUUGAAGGGGAGGGGCUGGCACCCGUAGUAGCACAACAUUUUGCUGGUAGUGAGCACCAGGCCUCCACUGGGUGCCACCGACGACGUGGUUUUCUCUUGUGCCCGUGGCUCUGCGAAUGGAGUGUCUCCUCCCCUCCCCUCUUCACGCUAGUCCUCUCCGCUCUUCCCGGACCGUGUUCUCCGCGGCAGUCACACACCCUGUAGUGUGAUACACGAGUUCGCAGGGGUCAGAGACAGGAGGUGAAAAGCCCAGCAGCUGGUGUGAGUGCAGGUUUGUGCGGAAAAUUUGGAGUCCAGCGUGGGGCAGCCGUGAGUCGGUUCCCGUAGGUGCUGCGGAAUGAGCCCCGGUCAGUGCAGUGCUGACUUCCCUAGCAGGCCGUACCCCCCUGCGGUGUGUCAGAAGCAAGCCACUCUGACACAUCUACCCUCCUCAAAAUCCAGAUCAUGCUUUUGGCUUUAGAUCCAGACAGAAAUGAAUCUCUUGAGGUAUGGUUUCUUUCCCACAUUUUUGUCUGUGGAACUAAAACCUUUUCUGACUCUUCUCUUGGCUUUCAGCUGUUCCUAGACCUUUUGGCUUUAAGCUCCUGCCUCAGAGCCAUUUACAUUCCCAGGGUAGACGGUACUGGACCUCUUGUUGAUUGGCCAUGGCUCCCCAGUGUCUGCUCAACAUGGUGGAGAGCAGCACGGCCCGCCGUCAGGUCCGGGCGCUGCUGGGAGCCGGGUUGGUGGCGGCGAUUGGGAAGCCGUGACCCAGCAUCUCCUGCGAGCCGGUAAGGAGAGUGUUCCACCUGUGGUUAACACUCAGUUUGCAUUUUGUUUAGAUGCUGAAGAGCCAGACAAAGAACUAGGAAAACUGGCAGCAUUUUCCGUGCCUGUCCACACUGGAAGUUUCCUUGUCUGCAGACACGGUCCACAGUCUGAAGAUGGGUCAAGAGAACAGAGCCCUGGUUCUGCCUAUCUCUUGCCUGUUCGGUGUAUCCCAGAUCUUCUUUGGAGAUUCUUUCCUUACUCAUAGAGGCCAAAGGCAGGUUCAUCCCUUUUUUCCCAGUUGAGUGCCCCCGUGGCUCCUGGGGUCAGCCCUGAGACCGGGCUGCAUCAGAUCCCAGGGUCGGACAUACGCGUCGGUGACCGGCUUGCUGGUUGGCCUGUCUGCUGUGGGUCUGCGGGCUUCCCGGGCGUUAGAUCGUUCUGGGAGGUUUGCUCCCCUUGGGUGCUCUGAGGACAAACCUCGGCCAUGCCUGAGGCCGCCAGUGUUAUUGCCUCAGGACAGUUUCCACGUGGGCAUUUGUCUUGAGGGGACUUCCAGAACUUUUAAUUUCUUAGCUUUUCCUUGGACUGAGGCACAAAUAACCCUUCUUCAUCUUCCAGUUGUAUGGCAGUUUCUAAUUCCUGGGCUCUGCUCAGAAUUUAAAAUUUCCCUUUCAGAAGUGGGCUCUGAGUUUUGUCAUUUUGGGCAGAUCCCUCUCCUUUCUCCCUUCGAAUUACAAGUGGUUUCUUCUCUGGUCCCUUCCCAGGUGGAUAAGGUCAAAAAGCCACUUUGAGGUUUUGUCAGAUGCAUUAGGCUCUUCUCUUCAGUGCGGUCUCCUGCUUUCCCUCUGUCUUUCCGGCUUGUUCUGCACAGCCUGCCUCGUCGUCCACUGCCCCUGCCGGCCUUCUUCCACUCAAGUACAGGGUUCUCGAGUGGAAAAACCUGUGGGCUCUAUGAUAUACCUCCCUUGAAGAAAUGAAGAGAUUGGGCAGUUUCUCGUCUCAGCGUUUACCUGUUAAUGUUGAUGUAAAUAGUGAUCUGUACCUGUGGAUGGCCAUUCUCCUCCCCUGGCCCUCUGUCCCCCCACAGCGCCCCUCUAUACACUCUGCCCUUCUGUUCUCUUACCCACAGCGCCCGAGGGCCCAGCAUCAGUUAGCUGUUCUGUGGAUCAAAAUUUUUGGUGGGGAGCUGCUAUCCUUCAUGCUUAAAGUAUUUAUUUCCUCUGUAGAAAAGUAAAAUAUAACCCAUGGUCCACACAGCCAACGUACAAAUGAGUUUUUGUAAAUUUGCUAGCAGAGUAGGGACCAAGCUCUAUAUUCCCUUUAAGGCACCAUUAAUAAGAUCGACACCUGUUUUGGGUGGUCAGCGCAGGUGUUGAUGCAGAAUAUUCUCCUACCUCAUGUCAUGACAGUCAGGAUUAUAGACCUUCUUCCUAAACUGUACCUUCCCCUUCCUGCCAUUGGCCUUUCUGACUCCGGUGGCCACUGCCCAGGGAGGAACGGCGUUCGGACCACUGGCCUGGCUGCGUUCCGGUUAGCCUGUUCGUUCAGCAAAGGUCUGUGAGUGAUUCCCAUGUGCCGGAAGUGCCAGUGCCGAGCCCUUCGCUGCCACCACGUGCGGAUUUCCCGAUGCCGGCGGAUUGUACUUGGGCCGUCUUGCCCUUGCAUCUGGCCCUGAAAUAGCCCUUCCCAAGGAGACUGUGCAGUGUGUAUUUACAGCUCUUUCAUGUAGACACGUAUUUCCUUGUAGAGCUGUCCUGGGUAGGAGCAAUUCAAGGCUCUUCAUGAACCCCUGUUGUCUUCCUAGAGCCUUGAUAAUGUCUGGGAGAUUCCGCGGUGUCGGCCUCAUGGGGACCCGCCGUCUUGGAUGCCUUGCAAUGGAAUCUGUGUGGUGGGUUGAGGCGCAUAUUGGCUCAGAGUCGCACAGUAGGGCAGUUAAAUGUUUAAGCAGAGCAUCUGCCCACAGUCCCCUCUCCAGUCGAGUGCCUUCCCUGAUCUUUUUACUGAACUGCUUUGAGUCCCUAGUCCCCCACUGUUGUGAAGUUUCCUUGUCACCCUCCUGGGACCUGUCACCAUCUCCCAUUCUCCUUGAGACUUGUUUUCCAGCCCUUCAGCGACCUUUGCAGCUCAUCCUGUGUCCUAGAAGGGCUGAAGGUGUGGGAGACAGGUGGAUACCUAACGUUGGGUCCUGGUCUUGAACAGAUGUAUGUGCUCUCCCAAGAGCCAGGCAGUAAAAUAGAUGGAACUCAGUCGCUUCUCAGAAAUGCCAGCCUUUCUGUCCCAGGGUAGGGAGCCCAGGACCCUAGAACUUAGCAUCAGGAUGCACACAUCACCAUUCUUCUGCUAACUGUGCAGGCUUUAGAAAUUCAAGCUGAAGUAAUCUACGUCAGCAUAAAGUGGUCCUGGCACCACUUUGACCCCAGCCUGUGUCGCAGUCUUUCUUUAGAAACGCAUCAAGCCAUUUGUGCACAGAGGAGGGUGCAUGCUGAAAGGAGGUCACGGUUUUAUAUUGUUGACUGUCCUGUUUAGGAAUCCUUCAGAUGCAAGAAACAGGUAUCCAGGCUAAAGAAAGGAGGGAGUCCUAAGGAUGCAGGGUAUUUUAUAGACCCCAGUAUAGGAAGUACAGUGGGUUCUUACAUGGAGCUGGGGCUGUCAAAAUUUGCACCUAGUCCUUUCUCCUUGUCCUGCACCGCCCCAGAUUAGACAGCCCUGUCCGCAGGUCCACACGACCUCCCGGCUCUCGGGAUCACCAUGCACAGAUUCCCAGGGCCUCUUACUCCUCUUCUCAAGAAAAAACACGAUCAGCCCAGCACGUUGCUCGGGCCUCUACCCCUGACUGGUCAGCCUGGGCACAGGGGUGACAGUGGCCCCCUCAGGUGGGAGUCGGGGGAGGGCUCUCAGAGAAGAGGCUUCAGACGGGAUAGAUACCCUAGAAGUAUUUUAGUAGCAAAACUGCUGUCGUGUACUGCCUUUUUUCUUUUUUUUUUUUUUUUUUCCCCAGAGAGUGGAAAGGCAGGGCAUGGGACUGUAUCUGGGACAUUGAAGAAAUUCUUAGGUUUCGCUUAAUUCGGGUUUCCGUCAUCUUUGUUGCUUUAUUUCGUGUUUUAAUUCCCUUUACCGGUCUUGGCAUCCAAGAUUUCUUACCUCCCUCUUCAGGACCAGUUUCUCCUGUUCCGGAGCCAGUCUGUUCUUAGGUGACAUUUCUUUGCCUUCAUUCAAUCUCAGGUUUUUAGCCUUCUUUCGUAUUAUUUGGAGAGCAGAUGACAGAUCCCACUGUAGCCACCCAUGGACCUCUGGCUCUCUUCAGGUUUUCUCGCUGAACAUAUAUUCAUUCUGUGGGCCCGUGGCCCUCCCUGCCCUCCUCCUUCACCCCUGCAUUUGGUGUUUGCUGCGUGCGGAGAGCUCUGUGGUAAUGUUCUUAGGCAAGCCUUCCGAGGUGCCUCAGAAACUACUUCCCUGUAGCCAGCAAGACUAUCUAAUAGUUGGGACAGUUGCCAGGAUAUAAAUCCGAUGUAGAUUCCAGUUUAGAGGAGAGUUUUGACUGAGAGCUCUUUAGACUGGAAACCCUGGUCUUCCCCGUCCACUUGCUUUCUUUGUAGUGCCGUAUCAAAGCCUUUAUUUUUUGGAUUUUUACAGAACAGCUUCUGCUUGCCUAAGUGUUUUGAUCGAUCUUACCUCAUCCAAGGGCCUGUCCCAUGUUAGUAAGGCAUUUCAUAAUUACUUGUAACUUUUUUAAGCUAUUGGAGUCGUUUGGAGUACACAGAAGUAACCUAGUAAUCCAAAGAUACACAUUGAUGAAGGGGGGUCGUUAGCCUUUGCAUUUGGUAUAUCCUGGACUCGGUCCAGAAUCCAGGAGCAGAGGGACGGCAACGCCAUGCGCCCGUGUCCUCGGACAUCUGGGUUGGUUUCAGAGGGGAGUACCGCUGUGUUCUGGUUCUGCUAAGUAGCACCAGAGUAAGAGGUGGGGAGAUAGGGGUGGGUGGAGGCACAUCCACGUUCAGAUGGGAACGUCAGCCCUUCGGAAGCGCGCCUGCCGAUGCUCCCGAUGCUCCCGAUUGCUCGGAGUAACAGCUGUCUGGACAUCUCCCUGCCCCUUCCCUUCCCUGGGGUAGUGCUUGAGAAAAAUGUGGCGGACCACUCCCUCUUGUACAGAGCAAAGGCUGAAAGCCAACCUCCGUGCUCCUACUGAUGAGGCAGCCAAACAGAUCAGCAGAGUUGUGAUCACCGGCUCCGGAUUCUUGGCUUCUUCCUACAGUGAACUCGCAAAUUCUCCUCCCAGACGGGGGUGGGGGGGUGCAGGCCAGACUGCUUGCCCACGCUUCGUGCCCUUACGUCCGUGUGUGUCUGCUCCCUCCUCCCUACCUACCUCUGACCCUGUUGUGGGUGAGGGUGGCCCUGCUCACGGCUGUCUUGAAACUGAGGAGGCAGAGAACUACUUAGGAGUCUGGAGACCCCGUGUUUUCUCUCCCCUGGCUUCCUUCUGCUGUCUGGGUAAGCCUGUAGGCGCAGCGCCCGUGAGAGUGGAUACCUCCUGACCUACCCGUCUCAGUGUCUUGGCCUUGACCUCCUGCUGAAACACGCGGUAGAGGCGUGGCAGCUAGGAGGUGCCUCCUACAUUUGCUUUCUGGCUGCAGUGACUUGGAAUUUUUAACCUUAUAUAUCUUUUUCCUUUAUUCAAAACAGAACAAUUUUUAGCAUACCGAAAAAAAAAAAAAAGCCAAACAUUUUGUGCCUUUCUAAGGCAGCACUGUGUCCCAGGCUGCAUUUUAGGACUUAAUAUGGAAAUAUCAGAGUCUUAGCUCCUCUACCUUGAGCGUCAGUCCUCACAGUGUAGGGGGGAGGAGGAGAGGCUGUGUGGGGCUGGGGAGAGGGCACAUAGGUGCGGCGGGGCAGUCCCUUCCCCCUGCCCUGAUGCCGUGUCGGGAGAAGCCAGCGUUACCCUGGGAGCAUCUGGUUGGUUCCAUUCAGAGUCGUAGUUACAGGUUGAGCGAUCUGUCUCCAGCCAGAGGAGAGAGACUGUUCUGGGAUUCCCAGGAGUGCCCUGGACCACUUGGCACGUGCCAGCCUCCUGGUCCUGCCUGGUAAGGCCCCAGCUGCAUGCAAGAGUGGAGGAUGGGCUCUGCUGACAAGGGGGGGUUGUUUCUUUGUGCUGCAUCCCGAGCUGGCCUAGACCUCCUGCCUCUCCCUUCAGACUCGGCUUUCCUCUUACUUGAAGACUUGAGUCUUAGAGCAUUAGGCAGCCGGUGCCCUCGGCGGGGUCGCUCGCCCCUGGGAGAGGCAGCAAGGCCCGCGCCCGAGCCCGGCCUCAGGCUUGUGUGGCCGCUGUAGGUCUGUGCAAAGGAAAAAGACAAAAUGCUUUCUACGUGGUAUUUUACUUCUCCCUCUCCGACCUUUUCAGUUCCUCCCUGCCUUUAACUAAUAAGGAAUUGGGAGAGAAACCCUUCAAGUCCUCCCUCUUUAGGAUUUUGACAUUCUUGACCUGGGUGGGGCUGAGGAGAACUUGAUGCUUUCUCCAGAAUAGAGAGUCCCAAUUUGUGUAUCAGUGUUAAAAAUAAAACAAAACGAAAACUUAGAUGAGAUUUUUGUGGACUAUUUUAAAAAUGUGUCAUUAAUAUAAAAAAAAUUUAUAUUAGCAGUAUUUAAUCAUUCUCACCUGUAAAGAAUAAAAACAGAAGGUAAAUAUUCUUACAGAGAAGAGCAGAGCUUUAAGAUUCAUUUUCAAGUCCCUUUUGUUUUGCCAGUGUAUUAAUGUUUAGAGGUCUGUUAUACUAAUGUUAUUUAUUAAUUUUUUUCAUUUCCAUACACUGUUAACUAAAGAGCUUUUUCAAGCACCCAUGUCUGUAAAAAAAA